UCUUCACCAUGGCUCUAAUUCGUCUCCGCUUCAAACGCCUCUCCUUGUUUAUCUUAUCAGUACUAUUCCUGGUUUCUCCAACUCUAUCAAAACUUUUGUAUCAAGUAUGCGGAAAUACGGGUAACUACAAAGCCAAUAGCACCUAUGAAUCCAACCUCUUUGCACUCCUCCCCUCCAUGGCAUCCAAUGGCUCCGGUCAAGGCUUCUACACCGAGACAGUGGGCACGAUCCCCGACAAGGUCUACGGCUACAUCCUCUGCCGUGGUGACACCAACACCAGCACAUGCCGCAGCUGCCUUGACACAGCAGGUGAAGACAUUGUCCAGCUCUGUUCUUAUGCCAAGGAUGCCACCAUCUACUAUGAUUACUGCCUUCUGCGUUACUCCAACCAGAACUUAAGAGAGUCAACCCAAAACUCUAAUGUAUUCUACAUGUGGAACGUUAAUAACGCGACUGACCCUGAUAAGUUUAACAAGCUCGCCCUUGAGCUGGUGAACAUGACAUCUCAGUAUGCAGCGUUUAACUCAACCCGUAGAUUUGUCACAGGGGAGGCCAAUUACACUGCCCUUUACCCUAAGCUUUAUGGGCUGGCGCAGUGUACCAGAGAUUUGUCUGGUGACCAGUGCUAUCAAUGUUUGACAAGUAUGUUCAGUCUGAUGUCAACGAUUGCAGGGAAGAGAGGAGGAAGAGUUGUUGGAGAUAGAUGUAAUUUUAGGUAUGAGGUGAAUUUAUUCUAUGAAGGCAGGUCUUUGCUGCAACUCCCUUCUUCUCCUUUUCCUUCUCCUUCUCCUUCUCCUUCUCAGUCUAAUGGUACCAGCACACCAGGGACUGCUAUUCCACCAUCAGCUCGCACAGUGGGAGGAGGAGGAAAUAAGAAUGACGUUGGUAAGGUUCUUGCAAUUGUCAUUCCUGUGGUGGUUGCUUUCCUGCUAAUCUGCACUUUUUGGGUAUGCUUCUGGAGGAGGAGGAGGAGGAGGAGGAGGAGGAGUUUGGGAACAAAAAAUCCUGGCGUUAGCAACGCAGAGGAGAUCACGAAUGUUGAGUCCAUACUAUUUGAUCUAUCAGCUCUUAGAUCUGCAACAGCAAACUUCUCUGAAGAGAAUAAACUUGGGCAAGGCGGCUUUGGUUCAGUUUUCAAGGGAACAUUACGUAGUGGAAGAGAAAUAGCUGUUAAAAGGCUUUCAGCAGGCUCAGGGCAAGGAAUAGAGGAGCUCAAAAACGAACUGGUGUUGGUUGCGAAGCUUCAACACAGGAACCUUGUGAGGCUUUUGGGUGUUUGCUUGGAAGAACGAGAGAAGAUGCUUGUAUAUGAAUAUGUUCCUAACAAAAGCCUUGAUACCAUUCUGUUUGAUUCUGUCAAAAGAAAGCAACUAGAUUGGGGUAGACGAUACAAGAUCAUAAGUGGAAUCGCUCGUGGUCUAUUAUACCUGCAUGAAGAUUCUCAGCUAAAGAUUAUACACCGGGAUCUAAAAGCAAGCAAUAUAUUGUUGGAUGAGGAGAUGAAUCCAAAGAUAUCAGACUUUGGGUUGGCUAGGCUUUUUGAAUGUGAUCAAACUGGGGGAACCACAAGCCUGGUAGUUGGAACAUUUGGAUACAUGGCUCCAGAGUAUGUGAUACGUGGUCAGUAUUCAGCAAAGUCAGAUAUAUUCAGUUAUGGAGUUUUGGUUCUGGAAAUCCUGACUGGUCGAAAGAACAAUGAUUUACUUGAAAAUGAACAAGCGGAAGACCUGCUAAGCUAUACAUGGGAGCAUUGGACCAGAGGAACAAUUUCAGAGAUACUAGACCCCUCUCUGUGCGAUCAAUGGCCAAGAAGUGAGGCAUUGAGAUGUAUUCAGAUUGGUUUAUUAUGUGUGCAAGAAGAUCCAGCAAACCGACCCACCAUGUCAAUGGUGGUUCUCAUGCUCAACAGCUACUCUGUGUCCCUCCAAUCUCCUUCAAAGCCUGCAUUUUGUGUAGGACUGAGCGGUGGCAUGGAUUCAGAUGCAUUCCAGAAAGGUACUAAUGUGUCCACUGAUAGAUUUGAAGGAUCCGUCCCAAUGUCUCCAAAUGAAGUUACAAUAUCAGAAAUGGAACCCAGAUAAAUAGAUGCUGCCCCCCAAUAUAAUUCAGGAGAGUUCUCAGCAUCAGAAAUCCUGAUGCUUUCCAAUUACUUCAAGCAUUGCAUAUCAUGGAUUAAAUUAUAUAUUGUCUCCGUUCUGCAGGAUUGUUUGAUAGACACAUAACUCGUACUGUAUAUUUCUAAUAUUUUCUGCUCUUCAAUAAGGUGACCAUCUUGUUUGGUCACUUAAGUAUUCGAAUAUCAUAAUUGAGAAAAUAAUAAUAUUAUCUUUACUGAAG